AUGGGCUCUUAUCUAAGCACUGCAAUCAGUAAGGCUCAAUCCAUGGAUUCAGACGAGGUACAUGGAUCAGUUUCAAACAAAAGGGCCAAGAUAACCGCAUAUGUUUGUGGGUCAUAUUCAAGGAUAAUUCCGACUCUUCCUGAUGAGCUUUCAUUUCAAAUUCUAGCAAGGUUACCACGGAUUCAUUACCUAAAGAUGAAGUUGGUUAGCCGAACUUGGAAGGCGGCAAUCACCGGCACUGAGCUUGCCCAGCUGAGAAAAGAGCUUGGGUUAACUGAAGAAUGGUUGUAUAUACUGACCAGAGUUGAGGCAAAUAAGCUUGAAUGCUAUGCACUCGAUCCAUUGUUCCAGAAAUGGCAAAGGCUGCCAUCCAUGCCUUCAUUCGCCAAUGAGGCGGAUUCCACUGGGAGGACGCAGUAUUCUGUGUUUCGGAUGUGGAAUGCAGUGGGCUCAAGCAUCAGGAUUGCUGAUUUCUUUAGGGGAUGGUUUUGGCGCCGAUAUGGUUUGGAUCAAAUGCCUUUUUGUGGGUGCUCUGUCGGAGUUGCUGAUGGUUGCUUGUAUGUCUUAAGGGGGUUUUCCAAAGCUGUUGCCUUGAAUUGCGUGUGGAGGUAUGACCCUUGUGUCAAUUUGUGGCAGGAAGUUAACCCGAUGAUAUCUGGUAGGGCUUUCUCUAAGGCAUCAUUAUUGGAGAGUAAGUUGUAUGUGGUUGGUGGUGUUAGUAGGGGUCGGAACGGAUUGCUUCCUCUACGGUCGGGUGAAGUGUUUGAUCCGAAAACUGGUUUAUGGAGUGAGUUGCCGGAAAUGCCUUUCGUGAAAGCACAGGUAUUACCGACAGCUUUCUUGGCCGAUGUGCUGAAGCCUAUCAUCCUAUAA